AUGGAGCUGCUCUCCAAGUUUGUGUCCUCGUCACAUAUGCCAGGAGGGACUAUUACGGACAAGCCAACGCUGUUGUUGCGUCUCCUGGACUAUGAGCUGCUCACGGGCGAAGAUGGGAAGCGGACGGCCGGGUUCGGCUGGUUUGCAAGAGUCGCCGGAGUACUCGAGUCGAUGAACGUGCUAGCCCAUGCACAUCUGGAGCUGGGUGUGGCCAGUCCAUUCCUGUACACUCCGCGCCCGCAUUCACAUCCGAUCUUGGCUUCCAUUCGGGCCUUCUUGAACGAGGAGGUCGGCGCGUGCAUCGCGUCCGAAGGCACGCCCAAGUGCUUGGGGCCGAUCGUCUUUGGCGCACAUCACAGUGCUGGGAAGGUCGCCGAAGGCGUGCUAGAGCUUCUCAGUGACUUGCCCCAUGUGAAAGUCGCUGUGAAGGACCUGCCGGCACUAGUCAGCGAUCCAAACACUGACUUGUGGAAGGAACGAGACUCGCAGAGCUGUUACUUCGUGCGGAUGGAUGGUAAGCCAUACGAGCGUUCGGACUACUAUGUGAACCCGCAAGAAUACGCGUCCGAAUUCCAUAUGAAGAUCGCACCCUGGAGAUCGCACUCGAGCGCGCACAGCAAGUCAGCCGGGGGCAUUUUCGCGUGCGUCGAGGACAUCAGCUGUGACAUCGAGGGCGGCCUCGAGUUCCUCCCGUGUCAUUCUAUGCUCUCUGCGCCAUUCUUCACGAUAGGCCCGGCGCACUUCCUGCCGGUGACAAUGAUGGCGGUGGACAUCCUGCCCACGGCCCUCCCGCUCGAGGCGUCGAAGCACUUCUCGAGGGUGCUACUGCCGUACCUGCGCACACUCAUUGGGAAGUACCAUGGUAAUGCGGGAGAGCGGGAGAAGGCGGAGGCACUGAGGUGGGCGACGGUGGCGAAGGGCGGGCGGCUCGUGGGGGAGUGUGCAUGGUUGGAGAAACCGCUGGAGAUUUGGCAUCAUAAGCGGGCUGCUGCUGCUAUGAGCGGACAAGCCGCUGCUGUUAUCCCACCGGCGUCUGCGGCCGUGAAGCAUCAUCAUACUCCGCGAGAGCCGAGGAAGAAGGUCUUGAUGCUUGGGAGCGGUAUGGUGGUCGGUCCGGCGAUCGAGGAGCUGUGCAAGCGCAGUGACAUGGAGCUGCUUGUUGCCAGUAACUCUAUCCUGGAAGCAGAGCGGCAGACGGAGGUGUACCUUAAUGCGACCGCUGCGCAGGUGGACAUGGCUGACCCCGAGAGCAUGGUUAGGCUGGUCGCGGAGGCGGACGUGGUCAUCAGUUUGCUCCCAGUCCCAUUCCACCCAUCCGUCGUGCAGCUCUGUAUCAAACACCGAAAGCACCUCGUCACCGCCUCGUACAUCUCUCCUGCCAUGCGCGCCCUGCACGAUGAGGCGGUUGGCGCGGACGUGCUACUGCUGAAUGAGAUCGGGUUGGACCUGGGGAUCGAUCGCUGCUCCGCUUUGGCGCUGGUCGACUCGCUGAAGCGGCAGGGCAAGGAGGUCGUCUCGUUCACGUCAUUCUGCGGCGGCCUGCCUGCGCCAGAGUGCGCGGAGGACGUGCCGCUCGGGUACAAGUUUAGCUGGAAUCCGCGCGGCGUGCUCACCGCUGCACUAAACCUAAACGAGGCGACGUUCAGGCUGGGGCACCAGACAUAUACGAUCCAUGAGAGUGACUUGUUGACGUCGUGCGUGCCUGACGUGCCCGUGUCGAAGGUCCUGCGCUUUGAGGGGCUGCCGAACCGGAAUAGUCUUCCGUAUGCUGGGUUUUACGGGCUGGGAUCUGAGAACCUUCGCACGAUCUUCCGAGGGGCUUUGCGAUACGCCGGCUUCUCGCGAUUGAUGGAUGGGUUCAGCAAGAUUGGUCUCCUCGACACGUCCGCGACGGUCGAGCUGAAAGAUUGGACGUCUCUCGCUCGCAAAGCACUCGCUUCAGCCGUCAUGGCUCUUCAGGAGGCUGCCGAGGCCUAUCUUGUGUCCCUCUUCGAGGACACCAACCUUGCUGCGAUCCAUGCCAAGCGAGUCACGAUUCAACUUAAGGAUCUGGCUUUAGCUCGCCGUCUCCGUGGCGACAGGAGCUGA